AUGUCGAAUAUAUGGAGGUUCCGGCCGUCGAGUGGAUUCCACCGCGUGAAUCGCCGUCUCUCCACCCGCAGCGGCGGCAAUGGCGGCUCCAGCCACCAAUUCAACCUGUCCACGCUGCGCGGCCGACAGCAUCCCAAGCUAAGCCAGAAGAUGAGCAAACUGAUCAAGAGCGAGAAUGGUGUAAUCUCGGCUUACGAGAAGGCCGGUCGCGAGCGCAUCUCCGUCGCCUCCCAGCUCUCCGAUUGGGGCGACAGCAUCGAGGAUGACGCCAUCUCCGACGUCUCCGACAAGCUGGCCGUGCUGCUCGCCGAAAUGGGCGACCAGGAGGACAACUUCGCCAGCAACCUCGAGGAGUAUCGCAUGAUGCUGAAGCACAUCCGCGACACCGAGGCCUCGGUGCAACCGGCCCGUAACCAGCGCCACAAGGCCGCCGACGAGGUCCAGAAAAUGAAGCUGAAAGACCCGAAUAACUCGAGUAAGAUUGAGACGCUCGAACAGGAGCUGGUGCGAGCGGAGGCUCAGGCCCUAGUUGCCGAGGCACAGUUGACCAACAUGACCCGUCAAAAACUCAAAGAGUCCUUCGACGUCCACUUGGCGGGUGUUAUUGAACGCGGGGAGAAGCAGAUCCUGCUGGCGCGCCACGCCCGCCGUCUGCUCAACUGCCUGGACGACACGCCCAUCAUCCCAGGCGAGGAGAAGCCCGAGUAUCGCCACGCCACCUCGGCCAAGUUGAUUGUCGAGGACGCCGAGAGAGACCUCAAGUCGUGGUCGAGCUCCCUCGAGCCGAUCCUGACGGCCGUACCCGAUCGCACGUCCGAGUCCCAGCUGCCCCUGUCGUCGGCGGCGCGGCGCAAGCGCGAUUCGGCCGCCGCUGGAGCGAAUGCUGGUCGCGGCACGGAGAGCAUGAGUCCCACCGCGAACACCGCCGCGGCGGGCGCCGCCGGAUAUUCGGGUUUGGGCACCUCAGCCGGCGUCGACCAAGACAUGACGGACGCGGAGCCCGUCGUGAGUGGUGUGGGCGCCGUCCCCGGAGCUACUACCACACAGGCGGCUCCCCCACGGGUGAUCAUGCGCGAACGCGAGACCGAGGUGAUCGGCACCACGGGGGUCACCGGCCCGGGCCCCGACAUGAUGGCCGCCGAUCAAGGCAUCCGAGUCACCGGCGUCGACCAAGACCGGGUCACCGGCACCGACGAAAAGAUGCGAGUCACCGACGCCGACGAGGCCGAGGACCAGAAGUCAGACGUGGUGACACUGUCAGACUCGACCGAUGAAGGCCUCGACUCAGUCGUCGAGGAGGAGCCAGUGCGGGAGCGGCCCGAGAAGGUGCCCAAGCUGUCAGCAGGACUAGGAGUGCCCUCGCGCGCCGAGCCGUCCGCAUAUACCGUCGCAGUGCCGUAUUAG